CAAGGCGAUGGUGGAGAUGUACGGCGACCGGAAGUGGGCGGCGAUAUCCCGGCACCUCCCCGGCCGGAUCGGCAAGCAGUGCCGCGAGCGGUGGACCAACCACCUCCGCCCGGAGAUCGACAAGGCCAAGAACAUCUGGACUGAGGAGGACGACAUGAACCUGAUCGAGGCCCACAAGGUGUACGGGAACCGCUGGUCGUUGAUCGCGAGGAAAUUGGAGGGGCGGUCGGAGAACUCCGUCAAGAACCACUGGAACGCCACCAAGAGGAGCCUCAAGGCGAAGCGCCGCCUGAAGAAGAAGAAGAACGCGGAGGCGCCCCCCGGCCAGCAGUGGUCCAUCCUGGAAGAGUACAUCCGCAGCCUGCGCCCCGACGAGCUCGCCGCCGCGCCGCCGGCGCCGUCGGACGACUCCCCUCCGUCCUCGUACAACAACGUCGGGUACGGCGGCGAGGUGGUCAGCCCGCCCGCGGCGCCGGCCCCGGCGGGCGGAGGCUUCGACCCGGCCGCCAUGAGGCUGUACCUCAGCGCCGCCGCCGCCGGCAGCAGCUCGUCGGCCGUCAAUAACCUGGCGGCGAUGAACAGGAACCCCAACAUGGCGGCGCAGCCGUACCUGGGGCUUGACCUGAACGCCUACUACUACGGCGCGCCGCUGCAGCAGCAGACGCCACCGCCGACGCCGAUGAUGAUGACGAUGAUGGGCCAAGACCAGCACCAGGCCGCGGCCUCCUACUCCGCCGACAACCUGAUGAUGACCUACCCGUUCGUCGACCACCUGCAGGCGUGGCACUCUCCCGCGCCGAACGCCGACGCCUACGCCGCCACCAACGCCAAUGCAGGCCCGCACUACUCCUACUACAGCGACGCGGGCGCCGGGCCGAGCGCCGCCGCCGCCGCCGCCCCCGCCCCCGCCAACCCGCAGGACGACGUCGACGUCGUCCAGAUGGCAUCCAGGGAGUUCCAGCUGAACCCGUCCGACGAGGAGGUCACCCUCAACCUCGCCGGGUUCGUGUGAUAAAUCAAGAGCUCUCUUCGAAUCAAAGCUCCGGGCGCCUCCAGUUUGUUCGUCGUCGUCGUCGUCGUCGCCGCCGCCGCCGCCGCCUUCGCUUGUGUUGUACCUUUACAUGUUGUAGCAUAUCAAUCGCCCGGAGCAAACCACCGUGCGCGUGCGCGCUCGGUGCUGAAGAAUAAUGCGGACCGGCCGGACCUCCCAUGGCUGGACCAAUGCAACUUUCCCUGUA